AUGCGUUCUUCAUCAUUUGGAGAAGAUCAGAUAUGGUUGACCAACAGUCAAGGUUCACCUUCCCAAAGAAGGUCGUCUGCGUUUGACUCGAUAUGGGCCAACAGUAAUCCCAACGCAGGCAUGGGAACGGGAGUUCCGAGAAGCGGUGGUAACAGUGGAGGAAACAGCGUGUCUAGUGGCUCUGGAGCCGGGGGAGCUAAUGGCCAGGGACAACAGGGACAACAGGGACCCAACGGACCCAAUGUUCCAAAUGGUGCUAAUGCUAACAUUUGGUCUAUGAACCGUGGUAGUAUGGGUGCAUCUAACGAUUUCGUACCACAGAUGCCGCAAAUGUUGAACAGGAACUCAUUUGCGGGACAGGCACAAUCAUUCAGUCCCAAGUCACCUCCGCAGUCCGAAUACGAGAAUUUGGGGCAAUACGGGAUUAAUUUGAGGAGGCACUCUUAUGGAGAUGUGUACAAUAAUAAAAAUAACGCUGGAGCGGGUAAACAGCCUUCACUUUCAGCAUUACCACCUAACCCUAACUUUUUGCUGGACGACAAUACUUUGGAAAUGGUUAAUGAGUAUUUUGAAAAGGACCCACAUGAGAGAGUCAAGGUGACGGUCCUGUUGUUGAACGAGAGAUAUUUUGAUGAGGAGAAAUAUUUAGGAGAAUCUUACCAAUUACCUAAGUUCCCAAUUGAAAACUCACUUAGGAACUAUCAGUUGGUACUUGUUGGGUUUAAGGCAGGUAGAGUCGAUGUGUUUUAUUUACCAGCAUCUAAUGAAGUCGCAAAUUUAAAGAUUGGGGAUUUGGUCAUCGUGGAGGCAGAUAGAGGCAGAGAUUUGGGAAAGAUUUUCAAGAUGAACAUUUCCAUUGAUGAGGCAAGGUUGAUGAAAUUAUUGCAGUUUCAAGAACAACAGGCAGCAUUAUCUGAAAAUGAUGUUGUUACUGACUUGUCGGUCAAGAAUUUGAAUUUUCAAACUUCGCCUAUAUCACCACCUACGUUACAUUAUCCUAAACCUAUAAUUUCGCUAGCUCAGCCAAAUGAUAUACUACAGAUUUUGAACAAGAAGCAGGAUGAAGAGAAGGCCUGCAGACUCUGCUUGGCCAAGAUUGCAAAUAUCACAAAUGCUACUAGUAAUGGUAAUGAAUUAAUUCCUCCUAAUGGAUCUACAUCCAGUAACUCUUUGGAUUUAUUGCAAAUGAAAUUGAUUGAUGCAGAGUAUCAAUUUGAUAGGAAGAAGCUAAUUUUUUAUUAUUCAACACAUAAGAGAAUCGAUUUUAGAGAUUUGGUAAGAGAAUUAUUUAGAAUUUAUAAGACAAGAAUCUGGAUGUGUGCUGUUAUUGGAAUUCCUUACAUUCCAAAUGCUGGUUUACAGAAUUAUGUUAGUCCUAUUUUGAAUAAUUCCAGCACUGCUAGUGAACAAUACAAUACCAAAUCAGCAGAAGGGAGCCAACAAUUCAAUCAAUUUAACAUGGGACCAGAUCCACAUACGAAUGUUGCAUUUCAUAAUUUUGCUCCGGGAGCAGGACCGGGACCGGGGCCAAUGCCUAUGUCAGGACCCAGUGCACCACGACCAAACGGUCACUUUCAAGUUCAGGAGCAAUAUAAUAGAUCUGCACCAGCGACUUCAGGGGGACAGGGACCCCCUCCAAUGUCUGCACCAGGCCACAUGCCAGUAUUGAAUGAUCCAUUUAGGCAGUCAAUGGGACAACAUCCAUUUCCACCUUAUAACGCUGACGGAAGAUUAGCAUAUCAAGGGUAUUAUGGCGAUUAUAAUAGAAGAUUGUCUAUGCAAGGACAAGGAGAAAUCCCUCGAAAAUUCCUUAACGGAAGUGGAAGUGGAGGUGAUAAAGAGCAGGACUCGAACAACGAAUCAUUUGUUUUAAAAUCAUUAGUUGAUUCUAUUGACCAUUGA